AUGGCUGUUGAGAAGGUUCAGACUGCCCCUAUAAUGACUCCAAUUCCAAUCAAGGGCUGGAAAUUCAAGAAGAGGAGGAAGAAGAAACAGAGGCGGAAGCUGCUGGAGGAUAAAACGCCAUCGGAAAAGAAGAAGGGAUUGAAGAAGCGCGGUGCCAGCGCUGACCGUCGAGAAGAAACAGAGGCGAAGCUGGAGGCGCGGGCUGAUGGCGAGUCGCGACGGUCGCGGGCCGAGGCCGACGCAGGCGGCGUGAUCGCGGCGAUGGCGCGCCAGGAGGGAGCGUCGCCGGCUGAGGCGCUGGUGACGACGGCGCGUCGUUGUCUGGACACGGCGGAGCUUCAACUCGCGCGCGGGACGCGGCGAUGGGAGUCCGUUUCCUUUGCGACGUCAGGCGGAGGAGACCCAAGGCGGAGGGCGGAGGAGAGCGGGUCUCCCGAUCGGCUGCUGGGGUGUACGCUGGAGUCAGAGGAAACGGGGAAGAAGGUGGCGGCGGCGGCCGAUGAGGAGGAGACGCCAGCAACUCGUUGGGCGUCCCACCGGGUUGAGCCGCCGGUGAACGAAGUGAAGAAGGAGGUCGGCUCCGGCGAGCUGCUACUCGAGUCGCUGGAGAAGGAAAAUGAAAGAGAUGGCAGCGGGCUUUCUCGCGCGACGCCGAAGGUCGAGGAGCGAGGCAUCCUCGACUGUCCCCUUGCAAAUCCUCGUUCGACUCGCAUCAGGCUGCAGCAGUUCGGAUCGUUGGAAGAAGCGGGUAUGGGAGGCCGAGUUCCCUCGCCAGGAAAGGAGAAGAAAGAGAAGGAGAUCGGCGCCGGGAAGCUGCUACUCGCGUCGCUGGGAAAGGAGUCGCCGGAGAAGGAGGUGCCGACGAGUGAGACGAAGAGGGAGGUUGGCGGUGGAGGCAUUCUUCGUGCAAACCCUAAGUCCACCUCCAUUCACACAGCACAGCUGGGUUGA